GAAUCAUCCUGAUCCAUAAAUCCAUUAUUGCUUCUGAGAGUUCCGAUUCGAGUACUCCAAUUUAGGGCUCCUAAGAUUUCAUUUUCAAACCAACGCUCUGUCAAAUCGCUUUAAACUUGCCGAAAUCAACGCCAAUAGAGCCCAAAACUCCUCAAUUCCAAUUUCUGUUCAAGGAUAUACCUGUGUUUGCGGUGCAGUUGCUUUAAUUUUUAACGAAACUGCUGUGUUUGUUUGAAUAGGCAUCAUGAAGUUCUUAGAGUACACGCCUCUUGACCGAAUAAAUGAUUUCUUGAAUCAUUUGAAUCUCGGAGAACGCACUAUCAAAGGAAAUCUAGAAGCUUACUCUUGCAAACAUACGGGAACAGAUAAGAAGCUAUCUCUCAGCUUGGAGAACGAGAUCCUUGAUUAUCUUGGCAAAUCGUCUGACACUGACUCCUCUUCACCAGCAGAAUACCUUUUGUGCAGAUCCAGCCGGAAGACAUUGAUGUACUUGGUUCUUACACUCAAUCACAUGUGUCCAGAUUUUGACUUCAGUGCGGUGAAAGCUCACCAGUUCUUCACACAGGAAAGCUGGGACAUUUUUAAACAGAUUUUUGAGACUUACAUGUUUGAAGCUUCAAAGGAAUGGGCCGAGGCAGAUGGUGACUGUUCCCUGCUGGAAGCAUUAUACAAGGCACUGGAUGAGGUCGUAAGAUUAAAUGAUUGCGAAAUUUACAGUUACAAUCCAGAUUCUGAUGCAGAUCCAUUUCCUGAGAAAGGAGCAAUAUGGUCCUUCAAUUUCUUCUUCUAUAAUAGAAAACUAAAGCGAGUUGUGAGCUUCCGAUUUUCUUGCUUGAGUAAUUUAGUGUUGGAUGGAUUUGUUAUGGAUGAGCUGUAUGAAGAGGAAGAUGGAGAAAUUUUUGAUGACAUGGACAUCUAACCACUGACUGGCAUUUGUAGUAUGAUGUUUAUAUGUGAAGACCAUCAAACUUCUUCCAUGUAAGGUGUGUUAACUUGUAGUGCCAUUUCUUGUGGUGACUAUGUAGGAUUAGUUUCCCUGUUUCUGUGCAUAUACUUCUCUUAGUUAGGAAUGCUGUUGUCAGUAAAAUGUAGUAGUCAGUGUUUAUAUGUCUGUACCUUGUCUCAGGCAAAAAUAAAAAAGGAUCAUGUUGAGUGACACUUGAACUCAAUUCUCUUUGUCAAUUACUUCAUGAAUAAAUUUCACCUAAUUUGAUCUUGGCGUA